CCAGUGAUCACUGAGGGCGCCCAUAUUUUGCUCUGGUUUCCGGGCUUGGCUACACUCUCCCUGGACGCACUCUGAGAAAUAUAGCCUUUUCAUAUUUAUUAAGCUGUCAUAGACCAUUCAUAGAACAUUCCGGUUUUGAAGUUGAAGUUUGAGCAAAUUUGAAACUAAUUUAAUUUUGAUUUAAGUAUUUGUGUUUAAAAAUGUCAGAAUCUCUUAUUUGUCUUCCUGGACAAAGGCUCUGCCUAUGUGAUAAAGUUUAUACAUCUGGACAAGGAACUUACGAACGGCAGGGAUAUGUUUAUUCACAAUUAGCUGGUUAUGUGGAUGUAGUGGAAAAGGAUGGUGUGAAAAUUGUUGAAGUACAUACUAGUGGUGAACAAACAGUUGUUCCAGCUCAAGGAGAUAUAGUAACAGCUCAAGUAUCAGUCAUUACUCAACAAUAUGCCAAGUGCUUUAUAAAAUGUGUGGGAGAUACAGUGUUAAGAAGGCCCUUUAAAGCAGUACUUCGUAGAGAAGAUGUGAGAGCUACCGAAAAAGAUAAAGUUGAAAUUUAUAAGAGUUGCCGACCAGGGGAUAUCAUUUUAGCAAGAGUGUUACCCAUAACAGAAGCUCACAAUUACCAGUUAUCAACAGCUGAAAAUGAAUUGGGAGUAGUGAUAGCUCAUUCUGAAAAUGGCCAUCCAAUGGUACCAAUCAGUUGGACAGAAAUGCAGUGCUCUAAAUCAUUCGUUAAAGAACCAAGAAAGGUAGCAAAGGUUGUACCAGAAAAUUAUAAUCAAGAAAAUACAUCUGCAGGGUGAUAUAACGUGGUUUAAUGGUAUUUUUACCUAAAGCCAAUGUGACAAAAAGAGACAAGAUAGUUAUAUCUUUGAUGUAGUUAUUACUGUUUGUAUAUGUAUUUUUGUUUUCUGACAAUAAAUAUUAACAAAGAAA